AUGACAAGAAACUUGGAGGAUUUAAUAACGGGUGUUUUUGAAUGCGCAGUUUACCUGCCAAACAAAGAGGAGCUUCGCGAGGACGUAGCAAGCUCUUUGGUUGCAAUUGGCAUCGUGCAACCAACUGUCUUCCUUUCAGCUCUGCAUGGUUUCUUUGUACACCAUACAAAAUUAAACGAACAAAGUAGAGUACUUAUUUUGAAUUGCCUCAACCGAGUGCUAGAGCACAGUACAGUUUUGGAAAAAAUUGAUGAACAACAGCUACUGUUGGUUAUAAACCUAGUAACGCAGGAAAUGACCUUAGCAAAGGAGAAUGAAGAAGAUUGCUCGUUGGCCGCUUCAGGCGUUCUAGUGACUAUAGCUAAGAAAGAAAAGUUGGUGCAGCAUGUAAUGGAUGCACUGUUGCAGAAAUUUCCUCCUGGUUUAUCCACACUACCUCAUCGCUAUAUUUUUGUGACAUUGGCUAUGAUAUCAGAACACAACUGUUAUGGUUUUGUCCCUUAUCUGAUCGACAUAUUGUCUCGGGCAAUCCCUCUUCUUCCCUACGUAAAAAACGACGGCCAUCGUCUAGUUUGGGCUCGUGCUUUUUACGCAUUCUGCGAAACAUUGAGGGAAUAUGCUACUUCUUACCCUCUGUCUAAGUCAAAAUCGACACUUGAUGACACAGCGGAAGAACCAAACACUGAGGGUCCCGUUGCCGAGUUUGAAUACGAGAUUGUUACAGUCGAUGAUGAGCUUAUAAAGACUUAUGCUGAUCAGCUAGAAACGGCGUAUGAAGCAAUUUGUAGUUGGCCAAGUUCUAGGGAGCAAAAGGUAAGGUCUGAAGCAGCGAAUUGUAUUGGCGAAUUAUGCUUAAUGAUUCCAAAGAAACGAGUCAACGAUGAUUUGCGUAAAUUGGUUCCUCUUUUACUAGGAGUUCAUCGGAAAUGUACUUCAGACCAACACCUAGUUACUCAGGGAAUUUGCCACUUUUUGGAAGCAACUUGUAGGGAUGAAUCUUGUGCUUUGGACUCUUAUUUGGAGGAGAUUUUAAAUACGUUGUUUCCAUUCGUCUGUGUUAUAAGUGAACAAAACGUAGUUUCUAGCAGUUCGAUACGAAAUCAAAACGAAGCUCUGCGGUGUUUCCACGUAGCUGCUGCAAGAUUUGCCGACAAAAUCGUAUAUUACCUGCUCCACAAAAUGCAAAACGUGCAAGACUCUUGCAAACUUGGAGCAAUUAACGUUUUAAGACAUCUGAUCAAUUCAUCUGGGUCCUAUAUGGAAGAUAAGUACUCCCUCGUUAUUUUGGGUCUAAAGCCAAUCUUACAAGCUGGUAGUGAUAACAACUUGAACAUUCGAGUCCGCAAAUCUAUUUGUCAGUUGUGUGUAGCUCUUGCUGACCAUGGUUACGUUAGGAUUGAAGGGAGCGAACAAGUCAUUCUUUUCCUAAUUAACAACCUUAUCGCUCAGGAAGAUUCGGGUAAAAAGUCGCCAUCAAGUAGUCCUGAUAGAGACAAUGAGUCACCGAAGCAAUUGAGACUGCAGUGCGGACAAGCGCUCCAGACUAUAGCUAAAACGUGUGGUGCAGCGCAUAAACUUUUAUGGCCUUUAUUGUUUGAAUAUAUAUGUUCCGAAGCUCAUACUCCUGCCUUGGUUGAUAUUUUCAAGUGUUUGAGAAUUUUGGUUGAGCGAAGAAAAUUGGAAAAUAAGCCGGUGGAUUACGAAACAGGUUUUGAUCAUCCGAACGUAGCAGGCCCAAAACAAGUAUUUGCUCGCCUUUUGACUUGCCUGGGAGGAGCUCCUGUAAAUGGUGAAUUAUUUGUAAAAGCUUAUGAAGCUUUGCGACUUAUUCGUGCCAUUGCAAUAUGGUUUCAUAAAUCUAUAGAGACAACUGUUCAUGAACGAUUCGAACAAUUAGAAAUGUCCAUAAAUGAACUUUCACCUCUUCAUUCUCCCGGAAGUUCGAAAAGACGUGAUCAUGGGACGAUAGAGUUGAGAUCAACAAGGGUAGCUCAAUGGCAUGAACGUGUAUAUAACUUCAUUUCGGCUUGUGUCACUUCGGUUGACGACGAGGAGUGGCGAUGUGCUUUGGCGGCUGCUAUGGGAAAACAGUUAUCACUUUACGUUGGAAGGGCGAGUGAAAAAGCUUUUUUAAUGCAAUGCCUUGGGUGUGUUCUUGCUCGUAUCAGCAAUAGGAGCUUCGUUGUUGACCACAUUGUUCUGGUUUUUCGAUCUUCGGCACACUCGAUAUUAGCGGAACGAGUGGGUUGUGCUCAAAGCAUUGGGUUCUGUGCAACCACGCACACAGACGUUGUUUUGACUGAAUUAGAGAACAUCGCCAAGUGGGAGAAUAUGAAAAAGAGUAGCGGAUUUUUUGGAUUUAUAAAGGCUUGCUUUAAUAUUUUUUAUCAAACAGAUGCUAUGCCUUAUAAACACGAUACAAAUGGAGAAAUGGUCUUCUUGAGAGCGACAAUUAUGUUGAGUUGCGGGUACAUUCUAUUGAAUUGUCCUGUCGACCUUGUAACGCAGCGUUUAGAACAAACUGUCUUUGUAUUCCUGCGGAGUUAUCUUGAAAACCCCAAACAAGAAACUGUUGUUCGAGAGGCUUUAUUAGAAACGUUUUAUUUGAUUGGCGUUACCGUUCAUCCAUCGCAUUUAAAUGGGGAUUAUCGACUCAGUAUGCGAGAUGAGAUGCUUGGUUUUGUGAAGGAAUAUGUUCGAGUUGAACCGUCGGAUUUACUGUCAAACUCUAUUCGUGAGCUCGGUUGCAAAGCUGUUGCUGCUCUUGUAAAACUUGACCCACCAAUAAACGAGGCAGAAGUAUGGGAUGUCGGAAGCGUGUUAACGGCGUGCACAUUUCCACUAUGUCGAGAGCGCGGAGGGCUUAAAACGAUUGAUAACGAUGGCAGUUCUACGAUGAUAGAAGCCACACUUCGCCAGUAUUAUGAUGCUGUUGAACAGAUGGUAAAGAAAAAUGCGACCGUAAACAUUGUCACGCAGCUGCUGAAGCUGUUUCAACCGUAUUAUCCGUCACUGGCUGAUCAUGAACGUGCUCGUGCUGUCAAAGCUAGCAUUCUAGUUUUGAAAGCAUAUUUCGAUUAUGGCACUGACUUUGUUCUUGGGGUUGCUUGUGAUUUUGGACCAAUGUCAUCUUUGUUAGCUCGUCUUGUUCCGAGAAUCACUGAUACACUUUGCUCCAUUCGCUACUCAGCUUUACGCGUUGUUCACUGGACUUUUCGACUUGCAUUUAUAUAUAGAGGUUUUGCUCGAGAGACUAUUGAUACGAAUUUAUUUGACCCAGAUUUAUUCAUUCGAGAAUAUCUCGGGGAAGAAGGAAGACUGGACGGACAAGCAUCUAGAAAAGCCAUUCAAGCUAUGUCGGCUGUAAUUGAUGCCCGUCUACCCCAGUCGCAGAUGCAGACGUAUUUGUCAGGCUUGUUUGAUAUGUUGAGUGAUCGUCAAAGUCAAGUCAGUUCUGCUGCAGCUCAGUUGCUUACUUAUGCUCUCACGCAGAGAGGAGAAACUUUAAGUUGUGAGGCUGAAACUCUAGUGUUAACGAUACUGGCGAAACUUUCGGAGGUUCAUGCCUGCCUUCAGACAUACACUGAUCUUCUGGCUGCACUCAUUGCUUUUGCUUCCCGUCAACUUUAUAUAUGCAUUGAUGUUUUAUUGCUGCAAAUGCUUCCUUUUUCUGAGCAUGUGACAGAUGCCUGGCGAACUUUAGCAUGCGAACAUUCACUUUUCCCACAAGUGGCCGAUUAUUUGCUGGAAAUGAUGAUAACGAGUUGCGGCAUAGCAGGGGAUUUGCCAUUUGAACUGUUCGAUGCUGGUGGAGGCUCAUCUAUGAAAAUUGUGAAACCGCAUGCUGGCGAAACAGAGGCGGAGUUUACAAAACGGGUUCCUAAUUUACUGGCAACUCUUCUUGUUCUUUUGGCUGGUGUGGUUGACACACAGUAUCCUAUAAUGCAGAGGGAGGCAAAGGAUGGCAUAAAACCACCUUUGAUUAUCACGCCAGAACUUAAACGGCUUUCUACUUCUCCUGCGACUCUCGUAACAGAUGCACUUCGUGGUCUUUUGACGCGUACUCACGACGAAGUCGUCAUUGAGGAAAUGAAUUCACAGCGGGCGUGGACUGAUUGUUGCGAUCCAGUCCAUUUCACCACUGGGAUUGUGGUCCUAAUUCGUUCAAUAAGUCAACAUAGGUCGGAGUGGGUCGAUCCCUUACUUCUUCAAUUAGCCUCUCGAAAUUUUACCGCUAGUGACGCUUUCCGGGUUGCAUCAGCAGCUGUCUUCUCAUCUCUAGUUAAAAAAUACGCAGAAGAUAGUGUUUCUGAUGACUGUAGAACGCUUGAUUCAUUGGUCGACUUGCUGAUGAGAAGCCUUGAUGACAAGAAUUUGAGGAUUCGCAAAAUAGCAGUACGUGGGCUUGGGGAUCUUGCAGCGUGCUCUUCAGAGAACCUUAAAAAAUAUUCAGAGCGUGCAAUUCAGGCUUCAAUGCGAGGAUUAGAUGAUAGUGGAGACCGUAGAGAUGAGGCAGCAAUGGAAUCGCUGAAUGCCUUGAACAAGCUUGCCAGUCGUGUUGACGAUGAACAUUUAAAUUCUAUUUUGUCUAACGUUCUUUUGAAACUACGUCCUUGUUUUGAAAAAGAAAGUAGCGCGCUUCGUGCAGUAUCAUUUAGUUUAUUUGGCGAGCUUGGAAGUCGCGUUGGGAGCUGCGCAACUUUUAAGGAGCAGCUUGUUGCUAAUAUAGUGUCGAUUCUGCUUCAUUUGAACGACGAGGAGGACUAUGUUAAGCAAAUGUGUGCGCGAUGUUUAACUCAGGUUAUACCCUUCUUGGAUUCCGAUGCUCUUGAUACAUUAAUUGAUCAGAGCAUCGGAAAAACUGAGCAUUGUCAGGAUUACUUGAGCUUUCUUAAGGAAUUCUGUGUAAUUUUGGCCUUUUCUUUUUCUGACCGGAUCAAUUAUUUUGCGCUUAACUGCAAUAAUUAUUUUAAAAGCAGUUCAUCCUUUAUUCGUGCAAAUGCGGCGCAUAUGACAGGAUUCCUUCUCGGUGAAUUAACACCGCAGCUGAGAAGCACAAUAUCGAAAGAACUCAUUUUCUCCGGAUUACUAUUGCUGUUAAAAGAUCACGACCUUAACGUAAGGUUAGCGACGGCAAGAGCGAUUGCAAAUCUUCACGCAUUUUCUUGA